CCGGCUCCAAGCCCCACAACUGCACUCUGGCCGAUACUUGGGAACAGAUCACAUUGUUCGGAAUUUCCAUUUCACUUCUAACUGUCCUUUCCAGUCCGCCAGAUACUUAAGGAUCACUAUUUGACCUCGCCAAUACACGAUCCAUAUCUCCUACUACCCUCUUAAUAUCUGCAAGCAAAUACAAUGGUAAUUCUUCCCAGCUUCCCAACCCCCAUUACACGAGCUGACCAUCUUCCCCAGGCGCAAACCCCAGAACAACGAAAGCGCAAUGCCAAAUUCGCAAAGGAGCAGUCUCUCAAACGCGGAAAGCCAGCCAGCGAGAUUAAGAAGAAGCAAGAUUUCAAGAGCCCAAUCAGUCUUGGAUGGUUGAGUACGUACAUCUUUCGGACUUCGAUCUGCAGACUACUGCUGACGACGAAUUGCAGUCCUAUUAGGCUUUGUGGUGUUUGGCGGUUUGAUCUUCGAGUUGCUGAGUCGAUUCUUCUUCCGGUGAUUUGGACAACACGAUAGAGGAGGGCAAAUGGACAAUGUAAUGUGAAUGCUGGGGAGCUGGGUCGAGAAGGAGCCCGGGGAAAUGUACUCAAAAAGACAGAUGUACAUUACAAAAGUCACUUCAUAGGGGGUCAUCUCAUAGGGAGCAAUUGCAAUGGGCG